AAGGAAUGUUUGCCUUUGUUCCUUUUCCUCAUUAAUUAAUCUAUCUCUUUGGUUCUGCAUCUUGGCAUCAUUGUUUUGUUAUUUUCCUUUAACAUAUGAUAGAACGUUUAUGCAAUGUGUCUUUUACGAUACGGAAAUUGAGGAGUCGAGUGUUAGUGGGUAAAACUUUUGAGUGAAGGAAUUUGCUGAUAAUUUUUCCUGCCGUUAGUUACCAAUCUAGCUAAAUAUGGGAAAAACUAAUAAAGGCCAACGAACUAAAGGAAAUACCAGACCGUCUAGUAGUGGCCAUACUGCUCAGCUGUUGAAUUCUAGUGGAAAAGCGUUAUCUGGAUUUAUAGGAUUUGAGGCACUGGAAAAAGAAAUUCCAAGCUAUGUUCCUGUGGCUGGUCAGCAUACAGUUGACACAGUAAACAGUUCUGUAGAUUCGGAUUUUCGAAUGGUGAUGCGCAAGAUGCUUAAAAGAGAUGUUGUGACUAGAUUGAAGGCUGUACAAGAGUUUGGUAAUCACUGUGCUGAAAAAGAUAAAGAUAUUGUAAAAAAUGUGUUGCCCUUUUGGCCACGUUUAUUUAAUAAGUUAGCUUUGGAUACUGACAGGCGCAUAAGAGAAGCUACUCAUGAAGCAAAUGGAAAGCUUAUAUUUAAAGUAAAAAGAGAAGUUGCUCCAUAUUUGAAAAAUAUAAUGGGUGUUUGGCUAUUAGGUCAAUGUGAUCUGUAUGCUCCUGCAGCCACUUCAGCACAAGCAACAUUUACAGCCACUUUUCCUUCUGGAAAGCAGUCUGAAGCACUAAUGUUCUGCAAAACAGAAAUAUUUGCUUAUUUCAAAGAUAAUUUAUUUGAGCAAACAGCAAAGACAAUGAGUGAAACAAAUUUAACAAGUGCCGAAGAUGUUGAAAACAAAUAUAUAUUGGUGAUAUCUGCUACCCUGCAAGCCCUUAAGCUUUUUUUGACAACAAUUCUUCAUUCUGAAUUGCAAAACAUUUAUGAAGAUCUACGUUCUGUUGUUGUUGAAAGUAAAUUUUGGAAAUAUGCCAAGAAUAAGGAGUCACUGGGAAAAUAUAUGCUUUACAUGCUGCUGAAAUCACUUCUUAAAGGCUUCUUUUGAAAUGGUAUUCAUCUCUACCAUCACUUUCUGCAUUAUCUCAAAAUGGGAUCUUUCCAAUAUCGUACUCAAUUUUUGAAACAACUAGAAAUCACAAGAAGCCAUGUCUAAAGAAUAAAGAGGUUGCUGUUCAACUGUACUUCUAUAUUUCACCAGGAAAGUAUCCAUCAAAUGCAAUGAAUGGUCUGGAGCAUUGCAUGAUGCAAUUGCCAGGUUUUCACCAUCCAGAGGUCUGAUCGUUUGUGCUGAACUGCAUCACGAAAUUAGCAGAGAAUUUGUUUAGUACCCUUUUGUCACUGUUUGCCCUCCCGUUGCACACAUUCUUGAUGCACAAGUCUCCACAGAUAUCAGACAAAACAGUAAAGUAAAGGCUACUGUUACAGCCUAGUUUUUAUUUAUUUAUUUAUUUAAGGUAAUGAAAUAAAGAAUA